AUGACCAUGCUGAGGCAGCCCAUUGUGUUUGAGCUGGAGGGGUUCCAUGUUCCGCAUGGCCACGGACCUUUACUUUUUUUUUUGGCUCUUCUCAACUAUAUGGUGGUACUGGUGGCGAAUGGGGUGGUGUUGAGUGUCAUCAUAGCAGACAGGACCUUACACAGACCCAUGUAUGUUAUGGUUUGUAACUUAGCAGCCUGUGACCUGCUGGGAGGUACAGCUGUGCUGAUUCGACUCAUGAUACACUUCCUGACGGGGCAGAAGAGAAUGCCUUAUGUCACUGCUAUUGCCCAGGGCUUCAGCGUUCACAUGUAUGGUGCUGCAGUUCAGACAAUUCUUGCUGCUAUGGCAUAUGACAGGUAUGUGGCUGUGUGUGAACCUCUCAGGUACCAUACCAUUAUGUCAUCACCUCGGUUGUUCCUAUCUUGUAUUCUGUCCUGGGGAGUUGCCCUGCUCUGUAUUGGGGUGCUUUUUGCCCUCAAUGUUGGUACACCCCUUUGCAGCACCACCAUCAAGCAUGUCUACUGUGGUAACCGUUCAAUUCUGCGUCUGGCUUGUGGGCCGACACGUAUAAACAAUGUCUAUGGCUUAUGCAUGUCUUGGUCCCUGAGCACGGGCACAUUCCUCAUCAUAGCUCUUUCCUACAUCAAGAUCCUCUAUGCCUGCACAAAACAAGGCAGGAGUAGCAGUGGCACCCGAAGCAAAGCAUUUCAGACCUGUGCAUCGCAUCUUGUGGUCUAUGUGCUGUAUGAAAUUGCUUCUGCAAUCAUAAUUGUGAGUCAAAGGUUUCCCUCGGUCUCCCAUAACAUCAAGAAGUUCUUUAGCAUCCUCUUUAUCAUUGUUCCACCAGCCAUCAAUCCAAUCAUAUAUGGUCUGGUCACAAAAGAGUUACGUGCAAGUAUCAUCAAGCAAUUCACAGCAAGGGUUUCACCUAAAGUGUUGCAGUGUGUCAAAACUCGCAGAUAA